AUGUUGUACAGUGUCCUAUUUCAGUUUGUCGUGCUUUUUUCGGUGUUUUCAUCCCGUGUGAAUGCCUUUUACUACUAUGGAAAUGGAGGUGAUCGUAAAUGCUUCCAUAAGGAACUCUCAAAGGGCACGUUGUUGCAAGGUAAAUAUAGAGUACAGCCUUAUGACGAUAGAUUGGACUCUUAUAGGGAGGCUAAUAACCAGGAAUUCGACGUCUUGAUCGAUAUUGAUGAAACUUUUGACGACAACCACGUCGUUAUGCAUCAGAAGGGCUCUCCAAAUGGUGAAUUUGCCUUCAAUGCUCUUCAAUCUGGUGAGCAUAGAAUCUGCAUUCAACCUCAGGCUACUAGAUGGCUAAGUAAAGGAAAAACUAAGGUGGAUGUUGAGUUUGAUGUGGGUUUAGACACUUCAUUGGAUUCGAGACAAAAGAGCACAGUUGAAUCCUUGCAAAACAAAAUUAAUAUUCUAAGUGAGAAAGUGAAGGAAAUCAGAAGAGAACAGCAAUUGGUCAGAGAACGUGAAUACAAGUUUAGAAACGCUUCCGAAGCCGUCAAUUCUCAUGCAGUGUGGUGGACUAUCAUCCAAGUCAUUGUCCUGGGUGUUGUCUGUGCUUGGCAGAUGAGACAUCUGAGAACUUUUUUUGUCAAGCAGAAGGUUUUGUAA